UGCCAGGGAGGCAAAACGAGCGUUUCAGACUGCACAGGCGGAAUUACAGGCGUAAGCACAAUGCAACCUUACAAUCCCUGCUUCACACAUCUGACUUCGCAUCAUGACACGACAACUCACCUUGUGCAUGAAGAUUGGUCGCGGAAACCCGUAUUGUUCGGAGGGUAAACCACCAGGACAACGAACAAGCCUUGCCCAAACGUUGGCUUGACUACAAAGUGGCUGAAAGCGUGCCCUCCGAUUCGCCGACGCGUCCACCACCGUUGACGCCAAACCCAUCAGGGGAUUUCCGGGGUGGGAAAGAUCAAAAUAGAACCCCUGGGGCUGUCUGAUGCUGCGGAAAGGUUGAGCAUUUGCGGACAUUUGCUUGCCUGCCUCCCUCCUCCUCUCUUCCCAGAAUCCCUCGAGCAUGACACUGCCCUAACCUCGCCGAAUCUUCAACAUUGUCACCUCGCCCGCCCGACAAUGUUGCUCCUCACCACCCUCCUCCUCUCCCUCGUCUCCCUCAUCGCCGCCCAGUCGAGCAACUCGUCCGUCUUCGUGUACAAUGGCGGCGAUGACACCUCCUUCACCUUUGCUCUGCAAGCCGUCAAAAGCACGGGGGACCUCUACUUCCACAUGUCCGGCCCCAGUGGCAACUCCUGGCUUGCGGUCGGCCUGGGCUACAAAAUGGAGGGCGCCCUGAUGCUCAUCACCUACGCCAACUCAAACAAUGACGGAGUCACAAUCAGUCCUCGCUACGCGACGGGGGAGACAGAGCCGGUGUACCAAUCAAAUGUCACAGUGGAUGCCAUGUCCACGGACCCAGUCUCCGGAUAUCUGACUGCGAAUGGUGUCUGCAGGGGCUGCGUAACGUGGUUGAACGGAGGAGGCAUCGACUUGACCAGUGCUGCCCAGCCCUUCAUCUUCGCCAUCGGACCUCCUUUCCCUCCUCUCCAAUCCGACUCAGGCUCCGCGGGCCUGACUGAGCAUGCAUUUGUGGGUCAUUUCACAAUGGACAUGCCAGCUGCCACCGUGCAGUCCAAUGGAAAUGUGCCUCAGGGUCCUUUCACCAGCAGCCAAAGUGCGAGCACCGCAACAAACACGGAGACGACGUACAACCCUGCACCCCAUAUUCACGGCCUAGUCAUGGGCUUUGUCUUCAUCAUCAUCCUUCCCCUUGGCUCUCUAAUUCUCCGAGUCUGGAAUUCCGUACGGUACCAUAUCGUCGCUCAAUGCAUCGGUCUCGUGCUCUUCCUCAUGGCCGUUGCUGGCGGCUGUGUGGCCUCGACUAUGUACAACAGAAGCAAGAACUUCAACUCCGCCCACCAGAUUAUCGGCCUCCUAGUGAUGGUCGCCUUCCUCACCCAGCUGGUGCUUGGAGUCAUGCACCAUCGCAUCUACAAGAGGGAGCAGCGCAAGACCAUGCGCGGAUGGAUCCAUCUCUACCUUGGACCAACGAUCAUCCUCAUCGGUCUCGUCAACGGCAUCCUUGGUUUCAACCUCGCAGGCGAAACAUUCGUCGCAAUCCCUUACUGCAUCCUCAUCGUUAUCGUCGGCGUCAUCUACAGCUGCAUCCGCUUCUUCAGCUGGCGCCGUAAGAGGCGGGCCGCCAAAGACCCCGGAGCGACGAUGGGCCAAAGCAUGCCCUACGGCAACGUACGGCCUCCAGCUUACAGAGAGGAUAGCUAUCGCUCUGCAGGCGAGCCCUUCUCCUCGCAAGACGUGCCGCUUGCGCCGUACGCAAGCACUCACAGCGUGGCGCAGGUGGGUAUGCCUGCUCACGAGCCGCGCUCGAUGUUCUGAGGGCGAGAUGAUGGAAGGAAAUCGUACGCAUCGCAAUCGAGGUUGAAAGUGGCGUUUCAGCGGAUGGAUGGGCAGGCGUCAAAGGGAUGAAUGGUUGUAUUGGGCCGGGCGCUAUCGUCAGGAGCGCACAAAACUACAUAGCAUCGAAUAAAUGUGUGUACAUGACCACCAACACCAUGCUGAAGAAGACUC